AUGAGCGCGGACCCUGAUGCACCGGCGGAUCCAAACCGGCGCAGCGGAGGUCAUGUGAUCCGAAACAUGAUCUACCAGCACGACAACUCCCACAAUCUCGAGAUUGUAACCGGCUGGAAGGAUCAGGGCACGCGGGAGUACAACCAGCAGAUUGUGCCCCCCGCCAAGUUGGAUUUGCCACGGAGGCACCCCUGCCACGAUCUCAACACGCAGUUGCUCCGCUGCAGUUUGGAUUGCCCCGAAGAAAUGAAGCUAGCGGGGCGCAUCGCCACCUGCAACACAGAACGCAAAGCUCUGAUGGUGUGCCUCACACGGAACAAAAAAUGGAAGGAAGAACCCCCAUCGUCAUGGUACAGAUUCUGGUGA